AUGGCAUCUGUAAAAAAGCUGCUUUAUGAUACUCUAGAUGACCUGAAACAAGGAGAUCUGAAGAGAUUUAAGAUUUACUUAAAAGAAGAUGGACGCAUCAGAGCUGGUGAACUGGAGAAGGAUGGUGUCACUGAUAUAGUGGAUAUAAUGAUGGAGCGUUUUGGAGCAGAAGAAGCUGUGAAGAUCACAGUGGACAUCCUGAGGAAGAUGAACCAGAAACAGCUGGCUGAAGAUUUACAGAACAACUACACUAAAGUGGAAAAAUCAUCAGAGCUGGCUGAGAAACACACAGGAAAACAAGAUGAUUUCUGGCUGCAGGAAUUCAUGAAAACUCACAAAAUGAACAUGAAGAGGAAAGUAGAACACAUUUUUGAGGGUAUGAAUGAAAAUAAAGCACAUCUCAAGGAUGUUUUCAAUGAACUCUUCAUUACAGAGGGGGAUCUUAAAAAAGUCAAUCAAGAACAUGAGAUUAUGACGAUUGAUGACACCAUUAAACCCCGUAAAUCACAGGACAGGCCAAUCAAAUGCAAUGAUGUAUUUAAACUGAACAAAAAGAAGAAAAAGAUUGUUCUGACCAAAGGCAUCGCUGGCAUUGGAAAAACAGUCUCAGUGCACAAGUUCAUUCUGGACUGGGCAGAAGGAAAAGACAAUCAGGAUAUAGACUGUGUUUUCCUGCUUCCAUUCCGAAAGAUUAACUGCAUUAAAGACAGAAAGAUCAGUCUGCAUGAGUUUCUACAGAUGUUUAAUCCUGAACUGGAGCACCUGGAAACAUCACAGAUAUGCGAGAUAUAUAAACGUAAUCUUGCGUUUAUCUUUGAUGGACUGGAUGAGAGUCGACUGACUUUGGAUUUUGACAGUGGAAUGGUGACGUGUGUUGAAGAGCGAUCAUCUGUAGAUGAACUGUUCACAAGUCUGGUCAAUGGGACUCUGCUUCCAUCAGCUCAUGUCUGGGUGACAUCACGACCUGCAGCAGCCAAUCAGAUCCCUCGUAAAUAUGUAGGGUUGUUCACAGAGGUACGAGGAUUCACCGACCCGCAGAAGGAUAAGUAUUUCCAGAAGAGAAUCACAGAUGAGGCUCAGGCCUCCAGAAUGAUCUCACACAUUAAGAAAUCUCGUAGUCUCUACAUCAUGUGUCACAUUCCCGUGUUCUGUUGGAUCACAGCCACUGUUCUUCAGGACAUUCCCAUUGGGAACAGUGCGGAGAACAUCGUCUCGACACUCACUGAAAUGUACAUCCACUUCCUGCUGAUACAGAUGAACAUGAAGAACCAGAAGCAUGACAGAAAAACAGAAAGAACACAGUCCAAGCUCUUAGAAUCCAAUAAAACAAUGAUUCUGAAGUUAGCUAAGCUAGCGUUUGAACAGCUGAAGAAGGAGAACAUUGUGUUCUAUGAGGAAGAUCUGAGAGCAUGUGGUAUUGAUGUGAGUGAAGAAGACUUUGAGUCCACAGGAAUGCUCACUGAGAUCUUUCAGCAAGAAUCUGUACUUCAUGAGAUGAAGGUCUUCUGCUUCGUGCAUUUGGGUGUUCAAGAGUUCCUCACUGCAGUGUAUGUGUUCCUCUGCUACCUGGACAAGAACAUGGACGAGCUGCAGUUUUUCACUGAAGAAACACAAAACGAGCUGCAGAGUUCCUGUGAAGAAACACAAAGGGAUGUCAGACCUAAACGUGCGGGGUUUUUAUGGUCUGCAAAGCUGCACAAAACCAUCAAGAGUGUGUCUGUCAUCAAAAAGCCAGACAAAAAUAUUGCUUUACAUGAUUUACUAAAGAAGGCUGUUUGGAAAGCAAUGCAAAGUCAGAAAGGACAUUUAGACCUAUUUUUACGGUUUCUGCUGGGCAUUUCACUGGAAUUCAAUCAGAAACUGCUCAGAGGCCUGUUCCCACACACUGAAGACUGCAAAGACAGCGUCACAGAAAUAACCAAACACAUUAAAGAACUGUUACAAAACCAGGACAUCUCACCUGAAAUUUCAGUCAACCUGUUCUACUGCUUACUGGAGCUCAACGACAAUUCAUUAUAUAAAGAUAUCCAAAGAUGUUUCAGAUCAUCUCCAGAAAGACCCCUCUCGUCUUCCAUGUGCUCACUGAUGGCUUACGUACUGCUGAUGUCAGAGGAGGUGCUGGAUGAGUUCGACCUGAGGAGGUACAGUAAUGAUCCUGGAUGCCACAGGAAUCUCCUGCCAGCUGUGAGAUGCUAA